CAACCAGGAGGUGGUUUUCACGACUUUUAAUUCGUUUAUGCACCAACAACGGAUGAACAAAAACCCAACUUACAAGAGCAAUGCGUGAAAUACGAGCCCAUUCUCAACGGCAGCGGCUUAGAUAUAAUCCAGGAUGUCUCGGCCCAGCCGCUCCGGGCAUACCUCUUCCUCGCACGUCUACACUGCACUCAAGACGCCGUUUAGCGAAUAUACUCAUCGUGUCAGCUCUAAUAUUUAUAACCUGCUGGACUCCACAUGUUUUUUGUAUAUUCUAUACCACUUUUGGGAAUAAGUACCAUUGUUCAAAAACCUCCAACUACUUUCACUUGCUACUGGGUUAUAUGCACUCCGCUAUUAGUCCCAUUAUAUAUUGGAUUCUCAAUCACAACACAUUUAAACAAUCUCCCUGUGCGCCAAUUAUACGCCUUCGCUCAAUACAGAAUUUUCUUCGAUCUCGCUUUCGCUCAAACACUGUGCCGCCGCCGCCACCGUCUUCCACGAAUGAAGCUGCUCUUGGGGCGUUCAAUCCGAAUUUGAUUAAACUAACUCCGAAGAAAUAUAAAGCUCAGGCCUCUAUUAAUUAUCUCUACUAAAUAGUGUGAUAUUUAUAAUUUUUUCGCAUUAAAAUCAUUUUAUAUACGGAUUUAUGUGUGUGUCUACAUAAGCAUGGAUGCACACGAUUGAGAGAAAUAGUGAUUGCGCCCAUCGUAGUACCGCUAAUACGCUCUUUGUAAAUUUGACAGAAUCAGCUGUGUGCGUGACGUCAUCCUGGUGCAAUCGUUGAUUUAGGAAAUACAAAUAACGAUUUAACUGGGUACGGUUUAAAUAUUUGCCCAGUGAUUUCGGGCUAUUGUGUACGAAAGGGUGACCCGAUCCAAAAAAUUUUACACACACUUGUAGUCAAGGGUUUAGACUUUAUUUUAAACCUAAUUUUCGGUUAUUAAUUUAUUAAUAAAUUCAGUCUGAAAAAUGCACUUUUUGUGAAUUUCUUAGUUAGUUGUACGCAAAUAUACUGUAGAUGGCGUACCAGGAGUUAUGUGCACAGGAAAUGUACAAUACUUUGACAAUAGAAAGGUGUUCUGCACAAAAACACUGUUUAUCGAGUUUACAUUUCUGGUGUCAAAACGCUGAGUUUAGACCGUUUUCCAAUGGUUCCCCAGGGGUAUGUGGAAGCUUUCGAGGGAUCAGGUGUGACUUUUUACAAAGUGUGAACUUUCUUUCUUUCUUUUCUAGUGGGUUAGAUAUCAAGACCCACGCCCCUCCUCCUCCGCUCACUAACCCAAAAACAGUGGACAAAUAACUAAACAUUUCCAAAUUAACUAUUUGUGCAUUAAUAUUUCUGCCUUACACAUUACAAUGCAAAAUGAAGUCUGCAGUGUCAACUUGUAAAAGUGAAAACAAAAUGCAAGUGUGUGAUAUAAGUAAGUUUUUUUAUGUACAUAUCUACAUACAUAUAACUUCAUGCAUUUUAUCAACGUCAACAUGCUGAAAAUCGUACUU